CCUAUAAAUAAAUGGCUACUACCACUUGUUCAUAGUCGUCACCAUGAACACCUUCCUGUCUCUUGUUAUCCUGAGUGUGAGUCUGCCCACCUUGGUGGUGCCUCUAGACUACCGUGCGGUGUGGCAGUUCAGGGAUAUGAUCAUCUGUACCAACCCUAAUAGCUGGCCUAUACUGGAUUACGUAGGCUAUGGAUGCUACUGUGGAGUAGGAGGCUCGGGGACCCCAGUGGAUGAACUGGACAGGUGCUGUAAGGUCCAUGAUCGGUGUUAUUCUGACUCACGGCAACAUGACGACUGUUCGGGUAUCUUAGACAACCCCUACACUGAACUCUACUCAUUCUCAUGUGACAAAGCGGCAAAGAAAGUCACCUGCGAUGCUGACAAGAAUCGUCCAUGUAAGAUGUUCAUCUGUGAAUGUGACAGGAAAGCAGCCGAAUGCUUUGCAAAAGCGGGUUACAACCCAGAACACGAGAAAUAUCCUAAUGAAAACUGCAAAUGAACUGAAAUGCGAUAAAGGUUUGGGAUUGUCCCUAAAGUCUCAUUAAAGAUAGCAAUGGUA